AACAUGGUCGUGGCGAGUUAGUUCAUCCUUCGCUCUCCCAAAGUCUUCGAUCAUGAGGGCGCGCGAGUCAUUCGAUGCUUUGUACAGAUAUGUUGAUCGAUCGCAGAGGCAGGCUAGGUAUUCUUUGCCCUUCGUAUUCAUUUCACACUCCACCUCCCGGUGAGCCCUUUCAUUCCCCAUCUCUGCUUUGAUCGUUCGAUACUCUAAGAAGCCAUGGCUGGUGACGACAGCCUAAGCGAGAAGAGAAGACUUGUACGGUUCGAGCCUCACGACCCCGAGAAUCCGCAGAAUUGGCCUCAAUGGAGGAAACUUCUGGCAUGGCUUCCCAUCAUCCCCGUCGACCUCUGCGUCAGCUUCGGCGCCUCCGGUUAUUCCCCAGCGACCACUAAAUUCACGCAAGCAUUCGGAGUCUCGAGCGAAGUCGGCAUCCUUGGCUUAUCGAUGUAUACCAUUGCCCUUGCACUAGGCCCGAUGCUGAACGCUCCGCUCUCCGAGUACUAUGGUCGUUUGCCCAUCUACAUCAUCUCCUACGCUCUCUCCCUACCGUUCUACGUCGGUUGUGCACUAGCGCCGAAUUUGGGCGGCUUCCUGGCGAUGAGGUUCUUUUGCGGUUUGUUUCAAAGCGUAACAAUCGCUGCUCUUGGAGGCACGAUCGCGGACCUCUACACAGCGCAUCAUACCGGCUAUCCCAUGUCCGUCUUCCUCUGGGCUGCUGUCGGCGGCUCAUCGAUAGGGUUCUUUCUGCUCUCUUUCGUUGCCCAAUACAGGCCCUGGUACGAUAUCUUCUGGGCUUUACUCGGCAUAUCUGGAGGCUGCUGGGGCGUCAUGUCAGCCUGUCUUCUCUACUGCGGAGAGACUCGUCAUAGCGUCAUCCUCCGCCGCCGUGCAAAUAGGCUGCGGAAACAGACCGGGGACACGACUUUCGAUGUUCCCGACGAUUAUCGGCGGACUGACUUCUCGACACUCAUGAGGGUUACGCAAACGCGGCCCUUCCGCUUUCUUCUACACGAAGCCAUCAUCUUCAUGGGCGCACUAUACAACGGCUAUCUCUACGGCAUUUCAUUCCUGCUCAACGGCGCAUUUACACUGGUAUUUGGGCCUCACGGUCACGGCUUCGACACUUUGCACAUCGGACUCUGCUUCCUCGGGAUAGCGGGCGGUGUCACCGUAGGUCCGCUCACCAACAUCCUCCAGGAGCAAUACUACCAGCGACGAGUGCGUGCGGUGGAUGGUGCCAACGUACCUGAGGCGCGUGUGAUGAUGGGCAAGAUCGCGGCCGUCACACUCCCGAUCUCGCUCUUCUGGUUUGCCUGGACAACAUACAGCUUCGUGCACCCGGCGGUGCCAAUCGUCGCGACUGCACUCUUUGGCUGGAGCUUUUAUACCAUCCUUUUGAUGACCUACACAUAUACCGAAGACUCCUAUAAGCAGUAUUCAGCCUCCGCCUUGGCCGGUCUAGGUUUUGUCCGCAACAUCCUCGGCGGUGGUUUCCCUCUCUUUGGCAAUCAGAUGUUCGAAAAUGAGGGCUAUCAAUGGGCAGGUUCGAUCUUGGCGUUCUUAUCGCUGGUGUUGGUACCCAUACCGUUCGUCCUUGACAGGUACGGAUUUGAGCUACGGAAACGAAGUCCUUGGGCUCGGGAACACCUUGACGAAAAGGGUGGGCAGAUUGCUGAGGAUGCUGGUGGGGAAGAGGGCCCGGCACAAGCGUAGAGCGUCCACGCCCGCGUUCAUCCUGGCAGCGGUACAUAUGCACUGCUUCGAACCUAAUCUACAUUGUCACCGUAAUCAUCUCUCGUGCUCCAACCCUGUUCUAAGGGCGCGAGUGCGCGUCAUUCCUGACGAGAGCACUUCGACACCCGCCAAUUUCCGCAUACCAACGAUCCGCUACGCUUGCCCAAGGUUGAAUUGCGGUACGGUGAGAGCAUUUCAUGCUCUGGCCUUGAUUUCGAGCGAAGUCACAGCUCGCAUUUAGGGUCGUCUCUUCACCGGCGAAACGGUCAGCUACAAUAACAAGAAACCGUGCUAUGAAG